AUGGUGGUUGGAGGUUGGUGGUUUGUGUGGUGGGGGGGGGGUUAUUGUUUGGGGAUUGGUGGGGGUGGGGGAGGUAUUGUAUUGUGUUUUUGGGGGGUGGGGGGAGGGGGGGGUAUAAAGGGAGGGGUUGGUAUUGGGGGGGGUGUAUGGAAUGGUGGGGGGGAGGGGGGUUGUUAUUGGGUGGGGUGGGGAGGUUUGGGGUGGAGUGAAAGUGGGGUGGGUGGUGUUGAUUAUGGUGUUGGUGGUGUGGGGGUUGUUUUGGUGGGUUUUGGUGUGGUUUGUUUGGGUGGGUUUGGGGGUGGGUGGGGGUGGGGGGGGGUGGGGGGUGGGGUGGGGUGGGGGGGGGGUGGGGGGGGGUUGAUUUUGUGUGAGUAUGUUUUGUGGUGUUGUUUUGUGUGUGUAUAUUUGUUGUUUUUUUGGGGUGGUGGGGGUGGGGGGUUUUAUUUGAUGGGUUUUUGUGGGGUGUUUUGUGUGUUUGUUUGUGGGGUGUGGGGGGGGUGGGGUUGGGGGUUGUUUUGUUGUUGGGUGUGUGUGUUUUGUGGAGGGGGGGUGGUGGUGGGGGGUGUUUGGGGGUUUGUUUUGUGGUUUUUGGUGUGUGGGUGGGUGGUUUGGGUGUGUUGUUGUUUUGUUGGUAUGUUUUGUGUGGUGUUGUGGUGGUGGUGUUGUUUGGUUUAUGGGUUUGGGGGGGGGGGGGUGGGGUGA